GCAGAGUUGGCCCCGCCAGCAGAAGGCUCACAGCUGUCCUGCUGGCCUCUGCCCGGCCGGGGAGUCGGAGUGGGUGCUGAUGGUUUGUUUUCACAGGACUCCCCACCCCCACCCCAAAGAAGUACCUGGGUGUUCACACAGGUCCCGGCACGUGAGGCCGGUGACACACACAUGUGCCCGCGCACGGACACAGGUUCACACGUGCUCUUGGGCACACUGCCCCCAGGAUGCAUCUGCAGGCGUUUGGUCUGUGGGGCCGUCCGAACACAGCACCAUGGGUGGGGCAGCUUAAACAGCAGUCCUGGGGCCCCGGUCAAGUGUGGGCAGGGCUGCUCUCUCCUGAGGCCUCUCUCCUUGGUGGCAGAUGCCGCCUUCUCCUUCGUCCUCGCAAGGCAAAGAGACCCUCCCUCCCUCAAGGUGGGAAGAGACUCUCCUGGGGUCUCUCCCAAAAGGACCACGGUCCUGUGGGGUCAGGGCCCAGCCCUCUGACCCCGUCUAGCCCUAACCACCCCCCUAGAGGCCCCAUCUCCAAACACUGCCACGUUGGGGGUUGGCUUCAGCACGUGGGGACACACAGUCCCUGACACUCGCGGUGUUCAGACACACUCAGCCUCACGCACACUCUCCCACACCAGCACCCCCCCUGCGUCCGCACCUGCCUGCUUGCCACACUGCUCCACACCUGCACACGCUCUCCCACGUGCUCCCACGUGUGCACGCUUGCUCUGAGCUAGUUCUGGGCACUUGUGCCAGGGACCAUGCUCUGGAGGUGGGAGCACUCCUUUUCUUCCCCUUGAGCUGGUGCCCAGUCACGGGUCCAGAUGGUGAAGGGCCUGUCUCCCAACCCAGUGUGCUGCCUCCGUUCACCCGUGUCCUCUGUUCACCCUUUUGCUGAGGGGGUGAAGACUGGCGUGAAUGUGGCCUUUUGUGUGUGUGUGUGGGGGGGGGUAGGAAUAGCUAGCCGCCUGUUCCCCCGGAGGGGCCGACCCUGCCCUGUACAGGGAGAGUGGGUGCCCAGAAGGAGCGGGCUUUGGAGGGGUUCUGAGACCAACCCUCCUCCAAGUGGCUUGAGUGGGCAGAGCAGGGCAGGAAGGCAUCCAGGGUGCCCCGCUUCCCUGGUGAGAUGGGAGCCAGAGGGGUCCCGUGUCGGGGGGGUGGGUGUAGACCGGAUGGGCCUGGCAGGGGCCAGGGGGCUGUGGGGCCGCACUUUGGCCCCGGGGUCUGUCUGCAUGCUGCAGGAGGGGUCUGGGUUGGUGCCCAGCUGCCAGCUGGCUGAGCCUGAGGUUAGUAGGUGUCGUUGAGGGGAUGGGGGCCGGGCCCCGGGGCAGAAGAGAAGCCCACAUCCCAGACAGGCUGCCUGCCUGCCACCAGCCCGGGGCAGGGGUCGCCAGCCCUUCCUGGGCCUCCUUCCUCCUGGUCCCCCCCUCCUCCCUCCCUCCCCACCCCUCCCCCGCAGCUCUUAUAGCCACAUCCUGCAAGGAAAAACCCCAGACUCCUGCACCGGGCAGAGAUGAGGGUGGUUGUGGGGGCUCAGUGGCCCAGGGCACCUCACUCAGCUGUCCAGCUCCUGGGGCUUGUGCUGGGCACCGCGGCCACGCUCCACUGUGUCGGGAACACCUACCCCAAAGACGGCAAGUGCUGUAGCGAGUGCCCACCAGGUUAUGGGAUGGAGAGUCGCUGCAGCGGUGACCAGGACACCAAGUGCCUCCAGUGCGCGUCCGGCUUCUACAAUGAGGCCGUGAACUACGAGCCUUGCAAGCCCUGCACACAGUGCAACCAGAGAAGUGGGAGCGAGCCCAAGCAGAGAUGCACACCCACGCAGGACACCGUCUGCCGCUGCAGGCCAGGCACUGAGCCCCAGGACGGUUACGAUCGUGGAGUCGACUGUGCCCCGUGCCCACCGGGACAUUUCUCCCCAGGUGAUGACCAGGCUUGCAAGCCUUGGACCAACUGCACCUUGGCGGGAAAGCGCACGCUGCGGCCGGCCAGCCAAGGCUCAGAUGCCGUGUGUGAGGACAGGAGCCCCCCAGCCACCACGCCUUGGGAGACCCAGGGCCCCCCAGUCCGGCCCCCUACCACCCAGCCCACCACAGCCUGGCCUAGGACCUCACAGGAGCCCUUCACACCCCCUGCAGAGCCCCCCAGGGGUCCCCAGCUGGCUGCUGUCCUGGGCCUGGGCCUGGGCCUGCUUGCCCCGGUGGCGGCCGCACUGGCCCUGCUCCUGCACCACAGAGCCUGGCGGCUACCCCCCGGUGGAAAUAGCUUCCGGACCCCCAUCCAAGAGGAGCAUGCCGAUGCCAACUCCACCCUGGCCAAGAUCUGAGCGGCCAGGCCAGGGGCCCAGAGGGUCUGCUAGACAUUGGGGGGCCGUGGGGCGCCCCCAAGCACGGGCCACCACAUCCCACCUUCCCACCACCCACCCUGCCACCCCGCGCCGUUUUAGGUGCUCCUGGGCUGACACCCAGGGCUCUGCUAUGUAUGCUGUGCAUACUCCCCGCCCAGGGUGGUGCCCCCCCCCCCCCAAUAAAUGACACUGGCACA